UCUCUUCCCGUUCGCUGGAGCAGCAGCUGCUGCUGCGCAACCCCUUCCCCCGCCCGCGCCGCCUCCUCGCAGCCUCGCCCAGCGCGGCCCAGUGAGCGGAGCCCGGCGGCGGCGCCUUCGCGGUGCAGGGCAUACAGAUCUGAGGAAUCACAAGUGGAAAUGAGUAAUGAAGAGACUGAUGUGCUACGUUGCUGGAGAUGUAGAAAAUACAUAGCAAAUUCUGUUUGCCUUAUAAAACGUCACGGAAAAGAACCAUCUAAAACACCUCAGCAUUCAGCUGCUGCUCAGGAGACUUGCAACAUAUGGCAUGUGAAUUUAGAAGCCAUUCCAGAGUGGGUAAAAUGUGUCAUUGAAAAGACACAGUGGACAACUGGAAAACUACACUGUCCGUUCUGUGAGGCCCGCUUAGGGGGCUUUAACUUUGUUUGCAACACAAAGUGCUCCUGUGGACAGUCUGUAAAUAUACAUUUCUGCAAGAGUCGGACUGACUAUCAGCCAGCUUUCUCUGUUAAACUGGCAAAACCAUCAGCAAAACGCUUAUCACUCUGCAAAAUUCAGUGUGAUUUUAACAAGGAUCCCCACCGCAUACUGGUAGCUGCAACUUUGGAAAUCAAAAAUCAAGGGUUUUCAUACAUGGCCAGAAAGAACAAUGAUAUUGGAAGAUUAACAGAAGCACUUUGUCUGGAAGUCAGAUCACCCAGUUUUGAGAUGAAGGGUAAAAAACUUCCCUUAAAGGCAUUAAAUCAAAGGAAAAACCUGUCUGCUGCCUGGCCUAUGAAUGAUGCAUGCACUGUAGAAGCUUUUCGCAGAAGAUCACAUAGUUUGGAUUUAAGUAUCAGGGAGAGGCUUGUUUUGUUGCCUGCUUUAUAUGGAACUUCCAGUGUGGGAACUAUUUGCCAUGGCCAAAAUGAAAAUCCACCUGUUUACACAAGAUGUGACUUGCAAUUAGAGUCCAAUCAGAAAGACGAUACUGCUUUUCAGGACCAAUACAGUGUGAAUGCUGAUGAACUACAGAAAAGGUUUCGAGUUACUUCCUGUAACACAUUGGUACAUAGAGUAACAGAAAGUGGAUGUGAUUUUGAAGCUACUGGGCAAUAUUCCGGGAGUGCCACUGCUGAUCAGUCACCUUUUGUGAUGAACCGUUCUUCAUCUACAAGUGCUGUAGAAGAGGAACAGUGCAUCACACCUGGUGGUCUUGUGCAGCCUGCAAGUAUUUCCUUCAACCAAAAGCUGAGUAAGAAAGAAAGAAACAAGUUGAAAAGCUUAAAGAGGAAACAAAGAAGGCGAGAACGGUGGCUACAGAAACAGACUGCAAAUGAUAACCUGCAUACAGAUGAUGAGCAUGAAUUCAGAGGAGAUAAAGAAAGCUAUCUCUGUGCAGUGUGCCUGGAUAUUUAUUUCAAUCCUUACAUGUGCUAUCCAUGCCACCACAUCUUUUGUGAACUGUGCUUAAGGAUGCUUGCCAAAGACAAUCCAGCCAGCACUCCAUGUCCACUGUGUCGCACUACAAUUGCCAGAGUCUUUUUCCAAACAGAACUGAACAACUCUACCAAAUCUUUUUUUCCUACGGAAUAUUUGAAAUUAAAAGAAAGUUUUCAAAGAUCAAAUUCUGCAAAAUGGCCUCUUCCAAGCUGCAAGAAAGCCUUCAGAGUUUUUGAAGCAGGUUUUCAAAGACGCUCAGCUACUGUAACAAGGAGGCAUUUCCCACAUGCUGCUCACAGGAUGGACUACAUGGACUUCGAGGAUGAUAGCCGUGGAUGGCGGUUUGAUAUGGAUAUGGCGAUAAUCUACAUUUAUUCUGUCAACUGGGUAAUAGGAUUUAUUGUGUUCUGUUUUCUUUGUUAUUUCUUUUUCCCUUUUUAGUUUGUAUUAAUUACAGUUUAAGAAAACAGCAGUCAUGUGAACCAUGAUAAUAACAAUCUAAAGAGGCACAAUGUUUGACAUUGCAUUUUUUAUCAUUAAGAAUUGUAAUAGACUGCAUCAAGCAUGCUGUAAGGCUAUUUGCUUGAUAGUUCUGCUAUAUGUGACAAAGUACUUGACUUUGGUUCCAAAUAUAAUGUAAGAUCCAGAUCAUACUUAACUCAGUGGGAGUUUUGCCGUGAUUCAGAUGGGAGCAGGACUUUACCUCUAAUGUAUAAAAUAAUUACUCUGUAGAAAUAUACAGUACUGUUUGUUCUUAGGGAAGUUCUGUCCAUUACAACAGAACAUGAUCCAUAGGGUCAUUUGGGGGGUUGACUAUUGGCACACUUUGCAACCUUAAGCCAAGUCAUCUCACUUAUGGGUGAUUCAAUUCCUCAUAUAUAAAAAAACGACGAUGCUCCCCAUUUAUAGUCGGAUCUUUUGGGGACAGUAGACUACAAGCACUGAAGUGCUGCACUGUGCAUUAUAUAGACAUUUAUCAGAGCUCUUUCAAUCACAUAAUCCAAAUUUGGGGAAAUUUUGACAAUUGAUAGACCUGUCAGCAUUCUGCUGUGGGGAUGUGCUCUACUCAGUGCCUGAUACUCUGAGCCUGCUAACCAAGAAGAGAAAUGAUCCCGCACAGUUUGCUAACAGUUCACCUUUUCAGCAAAUGGCAAUCAGAAUGAAUCAACUAACAACUCCAAGUUCUGCACAUUAAAGGGACCCUUUUAGCACAGAUUUCCAGAGUAGCACUAUACCUUUUUUACCUAUCCAGAUGACUGCAUAUGGAUCUAGGAAGACACAGAACUAAAGGAGGGCAAGCAGCAGGCCUGCUGGCUGUGAUGCCAUGAGACACUAACCCCAGUAAAUACAGGAGAAAGAAGUGUUCUUCGGUUUUAAUUCAGCCUAUGCAUGGCUGUGUGGAAUUCAUAUGUUUUUUCCAUUACUGUAACAAUUUGAGGAUACCCCUGAGUGUGGGCUCACCAGUACUAUGUGUCUCCAAGGAAACCAUGUAAGAGGACACUGUUUAUUUGCACCUUUCAUGUAAACAGAUUCUAAAGCACUUUAUAGUUUGUGUAUGUAAAGAUCACAGAGUUACAGUACCAAACUGCAGCCGGUUCAGCAUUUGGUCCAUACUUGCUGCUUUACACAGUAUUUUUCAAAUGAAAGUGAAAGAACUUCUUUAAAUGACAGGAGGGAUAUCAGAAACUUGCAGAAAUCAAGUGCCAAAGACUGGUACAACAUAGUUAAAGAGCUUACUUUUCAGGAAAGUACAAGGAAGGGGCAUAAUUCUACACAGAGCAAUGCAGUUUAAUCUUGAAAAGCAUGUGCAUAUAUGUAUGUAGUUCCUCUGGUGUUAGGAUUUGUGUGGGAGACCUGUGGUUUUUCAGUAGGUGGUGUACUCCCCUGUUCAAGCAGAGAACAAAGAGAAAUGUGUUAUGGAAGCUGCCAUCUGCCAAAUGUGAUGGAAUGGAAUGAAAUCAGAGGUUUUAUCGGUGUGCUUAACAUUAAGCAUGUGCUUAUGCUUCUUUGUUGAAGCAGGGCCAGCAAGCUCAGUCUCUUAUAGGCUAUGAAGUGAUCAGGACCAGAGACUUUUAUUUAAUCUGAAAAACAGCAGUAAAUCCACUACUUAGUUUUCCUUACAGGCUGCAAAAAAUAAUUGCUGUAUCUGUUUGAGAAUAUAUGUGCAGAAUUAAAAAUUACCAGUCUAGCUAUGCUAAUUGAAAUAAAUGCUUUUCACCAUCAUUUCUUUAAUGUACACAAACUUAAAGGAAAUGUAGUAAUUUAAAUUCACCAUCACGGUGUAGUCAUGGUCAUGAGAGAAAUGAUUUUUAUGUAAUUACAGUAUAUCCAGUUACUUCACAUAUAAGAGAUUGGCUGUGUUACUGGUGGCAUUAGGCAUGAUAUUUUAUAAGUUUAAGGGUGUAAUAAAGCUUAUGGCAGAUUUCCUCUUAUAUUGAUAUAAACAAGUCUUUAAAAAGCUAGUUUUUUAUUGUCAUAGUUUCAUGUUUUGCUACAUCCAGAUGUGUAGGUCCAUACGCUCAAAAAUUAUCAAAAAUUUUAAACAUUUUUCUCAUCUAUGCCAGGACUGGGAUUCUAGCUGCAUUUUUUUGUUUGUCUCUCUUUAGUCUUAUUAGCUUACUGUUCCUAUCUCAGCAAAGAGAGGGACUGAUUCACCUGUUCAGCCAAAUUGCUUCUAUCUUUUGAUCUUAUAAAAAUAUUAAAAUAAGAUGUAUUUUAAAAAAUUACUUUAACUUAACUGACAUACUGAUAGUCUGAAACUCUGAUAAUAAUUUAAAAUAAUUUAAUUUAGGAUAUCUGAUAAAGUAAUAUCCUUAAGUUAAUAUUCCAAAAUAUAUUGACACAUAAGAAACAUAAUAUAGAUAUCACUAAUUGUAUAUGAAUAGAAUUACUUAUAUCAUUUUUAAUAGCAUGUUACCAUGGAUUUAUUCUGAAAAAGACAAGAAGGAGAGUCAAAAAUCCAAUGUAAUAUUGGCCCCUUUUGUACAUUUACAGUAAAAAUUGAUAACUGAGGAUGGCUACAUUUUCCUAAAUUUAGUCUGGAUAACAAUUUUGUAUGGCAUUUCUAACUGCACAGCUGUAUCUUUCUCUGAGACAUAAACAGUAAACUGUUUCUUGGGCUAUACUGUUUUACUUUAUAUUGGUUAUUAUUAAUUCCAAGGGGCAAUUAGUUUAAAAAGAUUGCAAAGGCACACAAAUAAGACAGUUGCAACAUUUUUCUUAAGGAGAGAGAUCCUCCUUAAGAAAAAAAAAUAGAAAGUGUAGAGAGAUUCUACUUUUUUCCUUUAUUGCUCUUUCCAAAUAAAUACUUUUGUAAAAAUACAGUAAGAAUUUGAAGGCUCAAAUUUGAUUUUCUUUGAAUUCUGCCAACGAAAUGCUGUUGAUAUCUGUGGGAGCAAGAGUAGGUCCUUUGUAAACAGUUUUCUGGUUAAGAAGUUAAUCCUGCUCUGCAAUCUUGUCUUUCUUAUCUACAGUGGUACUAAAAUGUUUCCAGUAAAAUUUGGGUUGUUUGUAAUAUUUUGCAGCCAUUUCAAUAGAAUUUUCAUGGUGGAAUUAAAUUUUAAUAUUUUUUUCAAUCAA